AUGAAGGUUUCGCCCGUCAAACAGCUCGCUCUCCAACACGCUCUACCGCAUCAAGCCGUUCCUGCUGCCGGCUUGGACAACUAUGAACCUCCUCAACAUCUCUGUACAAAUCCCAAGGCGAUCUUGCUCACCUGCUCGUUCGGACACUUGAUACCAGAUCGACUCUUGGAUUCCUUUCCGGAUCCGUGGCAGAGAAUCAACAUCCACCCCUCCCUGCUGCCCAACUUGAGGGGCGCUGCACCGAUUCAGUGGGCGCUUGCCAGAAGAUUACACACCUCGGGCGUCAGCAUACAGACACUCGAAAAGGGUCGCUUUGACACUGGUACAAUUGUCAACCAGCAGGCAUUCCGCUUUCCGCCCGAUCCCCUGCAUGGCCAAGUUGAGAGCCACACAUUUCUGCACGUGCAACGCGUCAUGGCCCAUCGAGCUGCCGAUCUACUCGUACUCACACUCUCAAAUCUACCGCACUGUUGGCAGAACCGUUGGAUUCAGGACGAAGCGCAACGCACGUACGCACCCAAACUCAAAUCGAAACACAGUGCAAUCCAAUGGUCCACAUGGGCGGCGCCAGACAUUGUUGCACGAGAACGCGCGUUUGCCUACCUCUAUCCGCUGACAACCACUCUUCUCCCACCGCCAUCUUGGUCGUCGAACGCAAACUUUCGAUCCGUCGGUAUCACCCUCUUCGACACUUGCACCAUGGCAUACGACCGUCUCAGACACCUCGAUCCCACCCUCUCAUCCGUUCUACAGCAACCGUCGAUCCCAGAAGGCUCUGCGACCUACUCGCUUCCAUCCGACGCCUUGAUCGUCAAAACAACGUCCGAUACACACGUCUUGGCUGUCGCGCAGCUAAAGGUCGCCGGAAAGAGGCGCAAAACCGCACUCGAGUGGUGGAGAGCCUAUCGAGAUCGUGCAGAUGCCAAGAGUGGCCUGUUGAGGUUUCAGUGA